CUGACAGAAACGGUCGCACGCGCAACAGCGAACAUGAGGCUAAUUUUAACAAUAUCGGUACUCGUAGCUGCAGUCAUAGCUCAGCAAGAAGUGGAACAACUGGACAAUCUCUUUACGGAGGCAAACAACCGAUUCACAGCAAGGAUGUUCUCUGAAGUGGUAAAGGGCAAUCCGGAUAAAAGUGUGGUGUUAUCUGCUUUCUCUGUGUUGACUCCUCUAGCCCAACUUAGCUUGGCGUCGGAAGGGGAGUCUCACGAUGAGCUUCUCAAGGCUGUUGGUCUUCCCGAUGAUAACGCUAUAAAAAGUGUAUUUCCUCGUCUCAAUGAUAAGUUACGAAAUGUAAAAGGAAUUGAGCUCAGAUCAGUUAGCAAAAUAUAUGUUGCUGAGCAUUACGAGUUAAAUCCGGAAUUUUCUGCCGUCACCAGAGAUAUCUUCAAUUCAGAAGUGAAGAAUGUAGAUUUCAACAUGAACGAGGAAACUGCUAAGGAAAUUAAUACUUGGGUUGAAGAGCAAACCAACAAUCAUAUUAAAGAUAUUGUGGCAGCUAAUUACUUAAGACCUGAUUACCGCAGUAUACUUGUGAACGCUAUUUAUUUCAAGGGUAAAUGGAACAGUCCUUUCGAUAACAAAAACACGAAAGAGGAAGACUUCCACGUGUCCAAAGACAAAACAAUCAAGGUUCCAAUGAUGCACAAACGAGGCAAGUUCAGAUAUGCUGAUAGUGACGAGUUGAAUGCUGAGUUAUUGGAGCUACCUUACGAAGGACGAGAAGCCUCUUUCAUUGUAAUUCUGCCCAAAGAAGUUGACGGUCUUGCUGCUCUCAUAGAGAAACUCAAAGAUCCUUCCGCUUUGGAAUUAGCCAUAUCGAGAAUGAGCACUUUUGAAGUCGACGUAUCUAUGCCCAAAUUCACGAUUGAAACCGAAACUGAUCUUGGUAGUGUUCUUCAAAACUGUAUUUAUUUUAUAUGUUCUCAGAUGGAUGUAAAACGUAUUUUCCACGCUACACAAGCCAAGUUGAAUCGUUUGUUGAAGACCGACGAACUCUUGUACUUGAGUAAAGCCACCCAAAAGGCAUUCAUCGAAGUAAAUGAAGAAGGUGCUGAAGCAACUGCUGCGAACCCCUUCGAAGUGUUAUUUAUGAGAGCUCAGCUACGUACACCGCAAGCGACGUUCCGCGCUGAUCGUGCCUUCAUAUUUUUAUUGAGGGAACAUCAAAACACUAUUUUUAACGGAGUGUUCAUUUCUUAGGAAAUGGUAAAGAACAACCUGGAUAAAAGUGUGUAUUGUCUGCAUUGUCUGUGUUGACUACUUCGGCCCAACUGAGCCUGGCUUCAGAAGGCGCAUGCCACAAUGACUUUCUUAAGGCCAUUGGUCUCCCCG